CCGUUUUCCUGUCCCCGGAGUGACGGCUCCCAGACGACACAGACAUGGCGGGCUUGGAGGUGAUGUACACCUGCGUCGGCGGCAGCGUCACCUGUCCGCAGGACGCCGUGGUGUGCUUCGUUCACUGGGAGAUGAUCAAGAGCGGGUACAGGUGCAUCGGCUCUGGAGACGAGCCCCUGGGCUCUGACCGCCGCUCUGAGCUCCUCCCUCCGGCCUGGAGCCUGAACAAGGAGCUGUACAGCCUGAGGUACGAGUCCCGAGACGGAGACACGCACCUGCUGAAGGCCAUCGCCGUGGACAACAGCUUGAUCUUCAACCUGAUGAACUCCGGCACUCAGCAGGUGUCCGACCUCACGGUGAACAUCGUGGACCACGUGGACUCAGACCAGCUGCACACGUUUCACAGUGUGUUCAAGGAGGCCGACGGCCUGGCGGAGAAGGUGAAGACGCAGCUGCUGCCCUCCCAGGACCCGCCCACGGGGCCGAGGAAGAGGAGGGAGGAGGAGGAAGAGGAGGAGCAGAGACGAAGAGGAGAAGACAGCGACCCGCUCCGGAUCCCCAACAGGCAGCCGCGGCAAGGCCCGCCCCCCCACUGGCGGGACCCCAUGGCGCCCCCGUUCGCAGUAGGAGGAGCGGAUCUGGAUCCCUUUGGGUCCCGUGGCGGCGGCGGGAUGAUCAUGGACCCGUUGAGGUCGGGGUACCCUCACUCUGGCUUCGACCCCUCUAGUGGGAUACCAGACAUCCUGCCUCCUGGAGCAGUUCCCCCAGGGGCUCGCUUUGACCCCUUUGGACCCGUGGGCCGACCCAGACCCAGGCCGGAUCCGGACCACAUGCCCCCCCCCGGCUACGACGACAUGUUCAUGUAGUACUUCCCACCUUCACGUAACAACUUCCUGUCCUCCAGCCAAUCAGAGCCGAGGGGGAGGUUCUCCUCUUGUCUAAUAAACUGGUGUAUGUACCUGAAGAAGCUCCUCUGAGUGUUAAAGAUUCAACGUGUCAUCCAUUCAUCACGUUACACCUCUCCUGUGCACACUUUACACUAUCUUAUUCUUUGCAGUUGUUUUUGUUUUUAUUGUUGAACAAACAAAAAUAAAAAUCUCAGACUUUA